CACCGACAAUCAUUAAAUUACAGGCUCCUGACUUGAGAGAGACAAAUAUAUGAUGUGGCGGUGGUGUUUCAAAUAUUUGUGAGCACUCAACCCUUCACCAAUCUAAACCAGUGGUGUAACAGCACAGCUCAUCAAUCGACACGAAGCACAAAAACAAAAAACAAAAACAAAAACCACUAACAUAACGACAAAAGACACCAAUUGCAAGUAUCGUUAUAAGAGUACUCGCAGUAACUGAAAGCUAGUUCAAAGCCAAAAUCCAAUACUAAAUAAAUGAUAUUCUUCCUAACUAAAGUACCAAUCAGUUCACAUCAAACGAAUAUAAAUAUGAAAUAAACAGUCUGAGACAAGCAUUACCUUGUGCAAAGUAAAAGUAAUGUAUAUUUGAAUAUGAUAAUGAAAUUACAUUAUGAAUAUUUGCAACUAGCAUGUUUUCCCUUGGGGUUCAUUCCAGGGAUAUCUGGAAAACCUUUUUACUUGUGUGAACUGUAAUAACACCAAAUGUACAAUUCAGCUUGUUUAAUCUUUCUUUUGAUUGUGCCUCCUAUUUUUUUGUUUUUGUGGUAUUCCAUACUUUUGAUCUCAAACAUACCUGACUUAAAAUUAUUCCGGAAACACAUGUUAUGUGCCUUGAUAUCAUUAAAUGUAAUAUAUGUUACAGGCAUUUUCUAAAUUUAGGCAUUUUGUAAAAUGACUGAAUUUUCAGCAAUUUAUAAAAUGUCUAACCUUGAUAGGCAUUAUCUAAAAUGACUAAAAAUAUCUUGUUUCAGUUUCAGGCAAUUUGUAGAAAAAGGAUAUAAUUGAGAUGCAUAUGACAAAAAGUAAACACAAGGUCUUGCAAAGAACUGAAUAACUAUUGGUUCGGUAGAAAUAAUUCAUUCUUCCAAAACCAGAUGGGAAAGUUUUUAUGUCAUAUGAUAUGUUCUUUUUAGUGAAACUAUGCAUUCACUCUGUAUUUCAGACAGUAAAUUUAUGAUUAUUUUGUCAAAAUGGCAGAAGGACAAAUUGUUCUUUCAAUAGAACAACAAUUUUUAGAAAAUCCAGAUUCAAAUAAAUGAAGUGAAACAUAUAAAGCAGAGAAAAAGAAGUUUGUUUUUAAUUAACUGAUUGCUGUUUGUUUUCUUUCAGUAGCGAGUAUUUCAUGCAUUUUCAAGACGCGAAGAAUUUGGUUAUAAUUAAUAUGGGUAAUUUCAGCAGUAGUUUAACCUGGAUAAAGAACAGGAAUUUCGACUGCCGCUUGAAAUGAAGGUAUUUUGGAUAGGGACAGAAAAUUCCACCUACAGAACGGUCAAAGAGUUCUUAACGUGCAGAGAGUGUUGUACUUUACUAACAUGCGGCAAUAUAUUUAAUGUCCCCAUUCAGAAAGAAUGAGAAUUUAUGCAUCCACAUCCAAACAAAUUCCCCUCUAUAGCAUGGAUGUCGCCAUACAAGGCCUUGUUUGGUUGUGAUGUAAAGAUAUGAGUAUCUUCAUCUUCACUGCCUCAAGGAAAUCCCUGGGUUUAUGCAAUCUGAUGAAUGAAUGAGACAUUAGUUAACUGUGGUAAAAAUCUCGAAAAUCCACCAAGAAGAGACAAAAUACGGUGCAUUGACAGGGUAAGCGUCUCCUGUUAUAGAUGCAUCACCCGUCAUGGGCAGAUCUGCUUCAGUCCGUUAAAAGCUAUAAUCCAAAAGAUACAAGUCAAACUAAUCAUGAUAAUGUACUUUAAAUCUUUUGGGAACAUAUGAAAAAGAAGAUAUUCAUGUGUGACGUGUGUACUUACUGCGAAACCCAAUGUUGUCGAACAUUAAGUGUUUUAUCAGAAAAGAAUCUGAAAAGGUAAUGAAAGAGCUAAAUGUGUCAUGAUCCAGGUAUAUCCAAAUGUGGUCGAAGUGCUAAAACCAGAUUUUACUCCAAACAAUGUAUUUGCAAAAAAAUCUGGACAAAUAUUGUAUAACAGUUCUGUCAUCCUAACAUUUUAAGAAAUAACAAAUAAUUGUCGAGUUCUGUGCUUGUGUGAAUUGGAAUAAUUCAGUAAAACUUAGUUUUUAUUAUUAAAACUCUGAAAUUGCAAGCUUUAACAUUCAGUAAUUAUCAUAAAUAAAACUGCUCUGUUGUUCAAAUCUUUCAAUUGGUUUUUUUUUAACAUUUCAUGCUAUAAAAUAAUUUCAGGCAUUUUGUAUUGUGCGGGUGUUGUGCCACAAACGCAUACUCUAAUCUCUUAUGUAUCAUAUACAAUUGAGAAUGGAAAUGGGGAAUGUGUCAAAGAGACAACAACCCGACCAUAGAGCAGACAACAUAUACAUAGAUACGUACACCUUUUCAGAGUCGGUUAUCUCAUAGAUAGGAUACUGUCACUAUCAUUUGAUAGAAUGUCGCCUCCGAUAGCAUCUUACGGGCAAGCAGGUGCUACAAACAUUUUAUCUAUAUUCGAAAGUUUACUUUAAAUUGUAUUCAUUAUCAUUAUAUAAUGAUUCGAGAGAAAUGAACAGUCUAAGUAUUUUAGUGCUCAUACUGUCUGUUGUGCCUUUGAAUUCUAAAUCUGUGCGACAGCUUAACUCAUUUUCCAAGAGCUGUAAUGGACAUGUGUGUGAUUAUGUUGUCCAGGUGUCCACCAGUCCAGGAUCAAAUGGAACAGCUACUGUAACUUUCCCUAGGAAAUUUAUAGCUGAAAUGAAUGAGUUACAGAUGCUUAUGUCAAAUCUGGCCAUUGUGCUGAAAUCAGACAUGUUGCAAGCUAGCCAUGUAUUACAGGGACUGAGGAACAAUUUCACGACUUUAGAACAUAAGAUGACACAGUCAAUAAGCACUGUGAAAACUUCAGUCGAAUCAAAUCACAAAAGUUUGUUACACGAAUUGAAAGCACUGCGAUCAGACGUUGAUACUCUUUAUGGUGUUGUUAAAGGUCGUACGCCUGGUGGUGAACCUAUUAUUGCGAAUGUAGUCUCACUAAAAUCCCAAGUUCCUAUAGACUUUGGAACUGAUUGUGCUUCAUUAUAUAAGGCGGGAGUGAAUAUUAGUGGUAUAUAUUCUUUACAACCAGAUCCAUCGGAUAACUCAACCCGAUUUAAUGCAGUAUGUGAUAUGACAACAAGAGGCGGCGGAUGGACACUUAUUCAAAGACGUUAUGAUGGAUCCGAUGAUUUCUUCAGGGGAUGGAAUGAUUAUAGGAAUGGAUUUGGAAAUUUCUUUCAUGACUUUUGGCUUGGGUUGGAAAAAAUGCAUAUUCUUACAAAACAUGGUAACAACAGAAUGAGGAUAGAUCUUAUGGACUGGGAAGAAAACUACAGGUUCGCAGAAUUUGAUUACGUUACAAUCAACGACGAAACAGAUAAAUACCGUAUCUUAGCUGGUGGAUAUUCCGGAACAGCUGGGGAUCCUUUUCACACGCAGUAUUAUCAACAACGAAUGCAAAGUAUGCAGUUCUCGACCUUUGACAAUGAUAAUGAUUUCGACCAGGGUGGAAACUGUGCAAAAAGCUAUAACUCUGGGUGGUGGUUUUCGAAUUGUUUUAUCGUUAAUUUGAAUGGAGUAUGGUACCCAACAUCUAAAUAUUAUGGUAGUACUUGUAAUGGCAUUGUAUGGGACAUGUGGUCUAACCAUACUAAUUGCUACUCUCUCAAGAAUGCAGAAAUAAGAUUCAGACCAGAAACGUUUUAGAGAUGGAAUGCAAAGCAUAAAAAGCAUUAAAGUAAAAAAAAGUUCCAUAAUUGCCCUAAGGCAAAGUUAACUUUCGAUGAAUUUGGCCAUAUAAAUCCUCCCGUAUUUAGGUAUUUAUACAGCUUUAGCUUUUAGGUGUUCCGGUCGAAAGUAAAUCCAAAUACACACUUCGGAUGCAUGAAGUUUUGAAAUUUUAUUUUCAUUUUGUAUUAAACUUGACGUUCUACCUAAAAAUCACUUGAGGUGCAUGGUGAUUUGCAUUAGAAUUUAUUAUUAAACUGUUCAACUCAUGCAUUGAAAAAUUCAUAAUAUAAAAGAAAAAAUAAAGCCACAAGCAAACUAUGUCAUAUAUAUCAUAUGUCCCUCUGCUUUUUAUUUUUCAGUCUUUUGUUUGUGCACGCAAGUGAUAGCUAUUCAUGUAAUAAAUUCAAAGGUAAAAAUUUCAGACUGCAUCGAAAUCUUUUCCUGAGAUAUGUUUUAUAUAAGUUGAUGAACAAAUUGUCUGAUUUUGCAAUUUUCCUG